AUGAAGGUGGGGCUGAGGGUGGAGACGUGUGAUGGUUCAGUCGUGAAAGGGUUUGUGAAGUCAGAGGGGUUGGAGAAGAUGGUCAAAGAGUUGAUGGAGGGAGACAAGGGCAAGGAGGUGAGGAAGAAGGUGAAGGAGUUUGCUGACUUGACAAGCAAGGCUGUGAAGGAGGGUGGGUCCUCGUGGAGAAAUAGAAAUUAUAGAGUGGUACAGUAUCACCACGUCAACUAG